UUUUUUUUCGCAAACUUUCCCCUCGAUCUUUUUACUUUCCUCUUGCAUUCUCGCAAGUCUGUUCACCGAAGGCGUUUCGCUGGGCAUCCGUGCUACCGUUGGGGCUGUGACCUGCUUCCGCUCUAUCCUCGCAGCGGUCCGACAGGCGGACGAGCACUCGCAGCUGGAUGAGGCUGAUGGAACCGUUGGGUAUCGCCCAGGACAUCGUGGAGCCGGCAGUAUUAAAACGAUGGGCUGAUUAUCCCAACCAGCAUCGAUACACGGAUUACUCUGAUUCUAUUCGGGAAACACCGCAUCAUACCAUAAGUCCUUUCCCUUAUCAACCGUCGCUUAACAACAAGCUCGCGCUAUGGACUGGAGAUAUCUCAAUAUUACAAGUAGAUGCAGUCGUAAAUCCUACGAACGAGACAAUGGAUGAUAAUAGUAUUACGUGCCAAAAAAUAUUUAGUCGAGCCGGUUCUGCACUCAAGAUAGAAAUAUUUAAUGAAAUAAAAGAGUGCAGAACUGGUGAAGUGAGAGUUACACAAGGUCACGGAUUACCUGCUCGUUUCAUUAUUCAUACUGUUGGACCAGUUUACAACGUAAAAUAUCAAACAGCUGCGCAAAAUACGUUACAUUGUUGCUAUAGAAAUGUUUUACAAAAGGCAAGAGAGAUGGGAUUGCGUACUAUUGCUCUACCUGUAAUAAAUUCGAUACGGAGAAAUUAUCCUCCGGAUGCAGGAGCGCAUAUAGCUCUCAGAACUGUACGUAGAUUUCUGGAGCAAUACGAUUCGUUAACGUGCGUUAUAUUUGUAUUAGAGCCAUGCGAUCUUGGAAUAUAUGAAGUUCUUCUGCCGCUUUAUUUUCCUCGAAAUUUGGCAGAGCAAGAUAACGCUUGCUGGCAGUUACCGAAUGAUAUUGGUGGCAUGGAUGGAGAACCUUUACUUCCGGAUAGACAAAUCAGAAUUAUUGACAAUCCUCAGCACGCUUUACACGGCGACGAUACAGUGGAACUUUCAACACAAUUGGAAACUUCUGUUAAUAUCGGUGAGCAUGCUUUUGCGCAAAUGCAAGGUGAUUUGGACCGACAGAGACUUUUGGGAGAGAGACCUGCCGAUCCUCUAGCGGAUAUUAUGCUCAAGCAAAUGCAACAUAAAGAAAGGUACGAAAGACUUCUUAGGAGGGCAAAGACGGAGGAUCUGACUGAGGUCUCGGGGAUUGGUUGUUUGUACCAGAGUGGUGUGGAUCGACAAGGUCGACCGGUGGUGGUUUUUGUCGGCAAAUGGUUCCCGGCCAGCAAAAUCAAUCUAGAUAAGGCCUUGCUGUACCUGAUACAAUUGUUGGAUCCCAUAGUGAAGGGAGACUACGUUAUCGCGUAUUUCCACACCCUUACGGCCAGCAGCAAUUACCCCAGUUUACACUGGCUGCGCGAAGUCUACAAUGUGCUUCCCUACAAAUAUAAGAAGAAUCUAAAACAUUUCUACAUUAUUCAUCCUACCUUCUGGACCAAGAUGAUGACGUGGUGGUUCACGACCUUCAUGGCUCCAGCUAUUAAACAAAAAGUUCACAAUUUACCCGGAAUAGAAUAUCUUUAUGAAGUUAUGCCACCUGACCAACUUGAGAUUCCAGCGUACAUCACGGAAUACGACAUGACGAUAAAUGGCCUGAGGUAUUACCAACCGGAUCAGGUCUUAUCGUCGCCAUCAACGUCUACGUAAUUCGCAGGUGAAAAUCUAAGCAGCGAAACGUCAAGAUCGAGGCUAAAUCGAGUGUUCUGUGCAUUCGUGCGGUAAACUAUUCGUAUUUUUGCAGUAACACCCGUGUGCCACUUAAGCGUGAGACUGGACGCAUGAGAUUUGUGACUGCUGGUGUAUCUCACCGGUUUUUGACAAUGAUGUAUGACAUUAUGACUGGAUAUGAUAAUUCGUAUAUUUGAAAAAAUAGCCCGGCUCCGCAAUAAUUCGAAGUCGAUUUGUCCAAGUGCCUCGUGAUGGACCGCUUAACAGAAAAAAGGACGAAAGGACGAUCGGCCGCGUGAAAUAUUAAUACGAAUAUUAACUUAAAAACUUAAGAAACCACUGCCCACCUGCUUUUGACGUUGAUUGGUUCUUUUACUCGUAUGCUCGCUAACGCAUACGGGUUUUUACGUCCCUGAAAGUACGAAGAUAAAACUUGGUACUGGACAAUCCACGUUAAGAUAGAUAAUCUAGAGAAAGCUGGAUCGACCGUAUGCAGCUGGAGGUGCAUUGCUAAAAACAGAGUGUAUUCUCCUUAUCCAAUAUAGAGCAUAACAAAUUACUAUUCGCUUAGAGCGAACAUCGGCUGCCAAAAUAUCAGUAAUCAGUAUUUUCAUCAUUGUCGUCAUUCGCAAAACGAAAUCCGAAAAGCUGAAAUAUUAAUCUUUCGCCCUCGUACGUACUACGCUAUUCGUGGCAGAUUCUUAGCUUUAAUACUGCCUGUGAAAGAGGUAGAAAGGAUAAAGGGAAGCAUUUGACGACGCACUAGAUUAAACGUCGGCUUAAUACAGACCGUCGAUCGCUUUCUGUUAUUUUCAUAUAUCAAUCGUUAUACAGCGAAGAGCGUCUAUUUCAUUAUUGUACAUUGUCAAUACUUUAAUCACAUCGUCGAUAAAGAGAUUGCGCUGCGCUGCCGCCGCCGUCGCCGCCGUAUAGCCACGGUAUUUUCGAUAUACUAAUAAUAAAUCAUCGGCUACGAACAAAGAGCGGCUGAAUGUUUUACUGUGAUGUCAUGUCUUCGGCGCUCAGCAGGUUUGAUCAAUUUUAAAAUUUCAUUUGUCUUCUCUCUUGCGAAGACUUCAAUCCGAAGUACAGAACGGUGCUCGCGGAAUCGUUAUCGUUGAGCGCCGAAGUCGUAUGUACGGGACAGUUCUAGAAUAGAAGAAGCAAUAAACUUAAGAGCUUGCUCGCGAGAUGUAUUUCGAGAGGCAAAAAAUCGUUAUCCCCGUUGUUAAGCAUUUUUAGCGAUUAAAGAGAUAAAUUAAAGAAGUUAAAACCUGUUAAUCGCGUCGAUUAGCCCAUUUCUCACGCCCGCCAAAUUGCAAAUGUUUAAUUCGUGGCAGGUAUAGCGUCAUUCCCUCUACUUUUCUGUAAUUAUUUGUCAAUUAGUUUUUAGCAUCACGAGAAAAGAAGAAGUUAUCUGUGCUUACUUAAUCGCGGAUGAGUUGAGAAGGCAAUGGGUUAAUUGACCACGCUACCUCCGCCGAAGAUACAAUCGUCCGUGUGAUCGAGU